UAUAUGGACUACUGCUCCCAGUGUGCAAUGCAAGAAAUGUUUGCGCGAUUGAGGAAGAAUUCAUUUAAACAUGUAUGAUGCCGAUGUAAUCUUUACAUUCGAACUGUUUUAUUAUUCAUUUAAUGUAUUGCCUUGUUUGUGUUGAGCCUAAAUGGUACGUAUUUUAAUGUGCUCUGCGUUUUCAUUCAUUCGUUUUAAAUUCAUUACGCGAGUGUGUUCAUUGUGAGCCUGCCAGGAAAAAGCAAUCGACUAUUGCCGGAAUUUUUGUAGUUCCCUUUACUGCUUAAAUAUCUAUAAUACUGAAUGGAGACUGGAUCUUUGCAUCAUUGUUAUGUUUCAUACACUAUGACAAAUAUGUAUUUUCUAUCAUUGUAACGUUAGCUAGCUGCCAGUGCCACCAAUAAACUGCAGUGAGAUAUGGCUGUAUUGUGCCUGGUCGUCUGAACAAACAGGUAGCAAGGAAAAAUUAUUAAGAUUUAUUUGUAACUAUACUUAUGGACUAUCUGCAAAUUGCAAAUACUGUCGCGGACAGCCUCUGCAGUUACGCCAAGGACGAGAGUGGGUGGAAAACAUGCAAGAAAACGAAUGAAGUAACAGUGUACUGGCGACCAUCGACUGAAUUCCCAGGGAAUUUGUAUAAAGGAGAAGGCAUUAUUAAAGGAAGUCCAGACAAGGUUUGGGAAUGUUUGAAGCCGGUGCCGAAUGGAUUACGAGUGAAAUGGGACAACAACGUAAAAAAAUUUGAACUUGUUGAAACUUUCAAUGAUGAUGUAUCAGUCUACAGGACAGUAACACCCUCUGCCGCUAUGGGUAUAAUAGCUCCUCGAGACUUUGUAGAUAUUGUUUUAGUUAAGCAAUAUGAAGAUGGCACCAUUACAUCAAAUGCUACCAACGUAGGGCAUCCUGGCUGUCCUCCCCAGCCUGGCUAUGUCCGGGGGUUUAACCAUCCAUGUGGCUGUUUCUGUGUUCCUGUUGCUGGGGAGCCUGGCCAGACGCAGCUCUUGAGCUUCUUCCAGACGGACCUCAGCGGCCUCCUCCCACGGUCUGUGGUGGACUCCUUCUUCCCCUCCAGCAUGGCUGAAUUUUACAGCAACCUCUCCAAAGCCGUCAAAUCACUGAAAGACUUCUGACAGAUGCCUUCAAAGAAAAUGCAAGAAUGAAAUUGGCUCAUUGUAUCUUGCGCUACUUAUGGUGGAAUUGCACCAUGACUUUAUCAGAAGUAGGUUUUUAUUUUUGUUUUUAUCAUCUUAGCAAUAAUGUAGCCAACAGCACCCGUACACACGCCACCCACUGAUUUACCACAUUUAUAAAGAAUAUUGGCCAGCUACAUAUGACAUUACACUACAUGAUGUGGCAGGGUGCAAAUUGAGUAACAAAGCCAGUGCAAUAUAAUUCAGAAAUCAGCAUUUUGAUUUGUCUCACAUUCCUUAAUUUCUAUAGUCUUGCUUUUUUUGGGAGUUAUAUUAUUAUUGAUUGCAUAUUGCUGCAUGUAUAUCAGAAUGCAGUAGUACUGUGCGGCUUUUUUGGAUGGGAAAUGGGAUUUUAUUUCCAUUGAAAAUGUACUAUUAAUUAUUAGUAAUAAUAACAAUAAUAAUAAUAAUAUUUCCUGACUGACUGUGUUUUAAUAUGGAAAAAAAAGUGGCUUUGGAUUACAGGACAGCCAGUGCUUAAUCCAAAAUGUUCAGAUCUAUGGAAACCAUAACAGUUGAGGGGGUGCAUCCAAUCUAACCCCAGUAGUGCCCCAUCUUUUAAUAGUUUUCAAAUGUUUUUCCCCCAAUUAUUACUGCAUUUAUCAUGUUGUGCAAAAAAAAGAACAAUAAAAGGUAAUACUUCAAUUUUAAUUCAAGUUCAAUUUCACCACAGGGCCACAGCACUGGUGGUUGAACGCCUCCAUAAGUGUGACAGCAUCUUCCCCUUCCUCUAGGGUAGCUGAUCUAUGUGACGCAUGCAGUUAAUGCAGGGAAUGUUACCUCACACAUUAAUGUGUUAAAUGUUAGAGUGUUUGCUCACACAGUGUUAAAUUGUGCUGUGCUACUUCCCCGUGUGUUUCAACGAGGGAGUGUUACUGAGCAUGAGUGCCCAGCUGACCCACUUAGACACAGUCUGUCUGUAAAUGCAUGCUGCUGUACUGAGUAUAUUAUAGGAUAGGGAUAUUUUAAUGAGCCAUAUUCUAAUACCGAGUGAGUUUUGCGUUACAAUUGUCUUUCUUCCUGGGCUCAAUAAGGUGAAACCUACUGCAGUCCAAGCACAUACCAAUCCCGUCUCACAGUAUGAGAAUGUGUCCAUUCCUUCUGUAUGAUUAAUUUGCAUUUUUAUCUUGGGAAAUUUUUAAUACCUUUAAUAACGUAUGUCCUUGUAGAAGAUCAGUAUUGUGAUAUUUGUCUUGUUGCAGAAACAUGUCUGCAGCACCCCAUGAAAGAAAUGGAAUGUCUAUGUUUGGUUUAUGUGUUAGGUAGUCACCAUGCAAACUGAUUAUUUUCCAUUUAAUAUUAUGUGAUGAUUUGUUUUGCUGAUGGUCUUUGUCCUGGUCUUUGUUUGGGGUUAGGUCACAUGUGUAUGUGCUCUGUUCUAGCGGUCGAUAAAUACAGUAUCAAUUUUUAAAAAGGGAAACAAACACUGUAAUUGGGCCCUGUUCUUUGACUCGUAUUACUUCAGAUGCCACUGGAGUAAAAUACCAGGGAAGGAAUGUGUCUACUCUAAUGAAAAAUAGAUAGUAUUUUAUGUUUGUGAGGCUAAUGUAUCUGGUUGGGAGCACUGUUUUAUUUUAUGUAGCCACAUCCACAUCCACAACUGCAGCGCCUGCACGCAGGGCAAUAUCCUCUAAUAUUGUCCCCCUGUAUUGAAACCGGAAAUAUCCUGUAAUACAGGUAUAUCCACAAACAGGGAAUAUCCCUUGAUACAGGGACCUGUCGUGAAAUUGGAAAUACAAUGAAAUGUAUUGAAAAGGUGUAUGGAAUCAUCAUGAAAAAAGUGUUUAUCAAAAAUUUCUGAAAACACAUUGAGAUUAUAUAGUCAAUUUGGUGCAUGCACACUUCCUCAAAUUGAGAUUAUGGUCCUAUAUUAUAUAUUUUUCUGUAUUCCACAGAUCUAAUUAAUGGCUUCUAGCACAUUUCCAUUAAUCGGUUUUACCAUUGAUGUUGAAUGAAAAAAGAUUCAAAAAGGCAGAGCUUUAGGAUGUGUUGAGUUGAGAUUUUUCAUCAUACAUUUAAUCACAGAGACUUUCAUUUAUGAAUCCAUACAUUUAGUAAAUUCUUUCCACUUUUAGGAUGUAAGACCUGUAUUUUUACAAUUUUCCAGUGAAACAGAUUUUUCAUAAAUGCUUUCAGAAUUGUUUGAGGAAAUAUAUUAUUAAAAAAGAAACAUUGAGCUUUCCUGAUGAAAUUCUGCAGUCUUAUGGAUCUUCUUAUGAAUUCCUCAUGCAUCGAAAUCAGUCACCAUGCACGUUGAAUAAAGAUGAUAUUGCAUCGAAAUGAGUUUUCAUUUUCUUCACUUUUGAUUAAGGAUUCAUGUAUUUUGCAGGUUUUCCCACUUUCCCAGAUUUUUCAUCAUUUAUUGAUUAAAUAAUCACCUUCUAUGCUUUGUUGAAAUCCACAUAUGAAUGAAUCAGAGUAAAGUCAGGAUUGUUAUCAUGGUGAGAAUCCAGUGAAUAAAAUCCAUAGUAGUUUUUAAUCCCAAAAAUGUGGUAACUCAUUGAUACAAUAUAUUGUUAACUUGCCAAUUCUUUGGAAGAAUUAUUGCUGCCGGUUUCACCAUUGCAUGCUCUCCGAAAGUAGUGUGUACAUAAGAAUGUUAUUAUCUCCGGGUUGACAUUCUGGAACAGGAGGAGCUCUCCUACAAGGUUCUCUGGCCAGUACUGACCAAGCAGUUACUCAGUAUAGCCCUUGGAACCUGGUGUGUGCAAGCAACUACAGUAUAACUUUUUCUCAGUAUACAGCCAAAAAAUGUACUCAAAUGGAUAGGCAAUCACGUUUAUUAUUUUGCAGUCAGGUUGAAAUAAAUGCACACAAACUUUUUUUUUUUUUACAAUGUAAUGUAUGUAAAUGUAUGUCCAAAAUGUGAAAAUGGGCAAAGUGUGUAAAUGCACAGACAUUUUUUAAACAAUUGUAUUGGAAAAAAUGUUUUGUGGUCCAAAAAUGCUAAAAAUACUUAAGACUUUAAUCUUGUCCAAAAUGUAAAAAAUGAAAAACUAUUUCUUUUUUUGGAAUCAAAUAAGAUAGGCAAUCAUGUUUAUAUUACAACCAUGUUGAAAUAAAUCAAUAUAAAUGUGUUUUAAGAUA